UGAAGAAUUAACUCUGGAGGGCAGAUGAAAUCUCAGUUCAUUGCAACAGUGAUAAUGUUUCAAGUAGCUGAGUAUCUUUUCAACUUAGCACUUCCCUUUCAAGAACAUAUUUAUUAACAGGAUGUAUAGGAAAAAUCAUUGGAAAAUUCUGUACACAGGUAGUCCUCAACAUAUGACCAUAAUUGAGGCCAGAAUUAUGGUUAGAAGUCAUGCUGGUCGUUAAAAGAGUCACCAUGUGAUUGCACCCAAUUUUAUGACCUUUUUUUCUGGCAGCUGUUAAGUAAACCACUGUGAUUGUUAAACACUACAGUGGCAAAUCCAUUGUCUGCAAUUGGCAUUUUUUGUAAAUGCUGGUUUCCCUGCAGAAAAUAUCAUAAAUUGCAGUCAUGUGACCAAGGCAUCUUGAAAACAGUCAUAAAUGUGGAUCAAAUUACCGUGGGAGUGGUCGCUAAGCGUCCAUUAACUUCCUACACAUUUUUAACUUUUUUACAUUAACUUUUUUUAUUACUUUCUGGUUGCCUUUGUUCUGGUCUACAAACAAAAGGGUAAAAUAAUGUUUUGGGGGGGAAAUGCAAUUAAAAUACAAAUCUUGUCUGUUGUGAGAUACAUAUCCGUGUGGAAGAUGAAUAAGAUCUCUCUGGGUUCAUUGGGACAUUUUAACCUUUUACUUUAAUUAGCCAGAUAAUGCAAUGCUUUUUGUGCAAUUGACACCUUCUGUAUUUUAGGACAGUGGGGAUUAUCCGCUCACCAUGGCUGGUCCCCAGUGGAAGAAAUUUAAAUCAAGUUUUUGUGAGUUCAUUGGCGUGUUGGUCCGGCAGUGUCAGUAUAGCAUCAUAUAUGACGAAUACAUGAUGGAUACCGUGAUUUCACUACUUACAGGACUAUCAGAUUCUCAAGUCAGGGCAUUUCGACAUACUAGCACACUGGCAGCUAUGAAGCUAAUGACUGGGUUAUUAAACGUGGCAUUAAAUUUGAGCAUUAAUAUGGACAAUACACAACGACAGUACGAGACGGAACGAAAUAAAAUCAUUGGAAAACGAGCUAACGAUAGACUGGAACUCUUGCUGCAGAAAAGGAAGGAGCUGCAAGAAAAUCAGGAUGAAAUAGAAAACAUGAUGAAUGCAAUUUUUAAGGGUGUAUUUGUUCAUAGGUACAGGGAUGCGAUUGCUGAGAUUAGAGCAAUAUGUAUUGAAGAAAUUGGAAUUUGGAUGAAGAUGUAUAGUGAUGCCUUUCUCAAUGACAGCUAUUUAAAAUAUGUGGGGUGGACAAUGCAUGACAAGCAAGGGGAAGUGAGACUCAAAUGUCUUACAGCUUUGCAAGGGCUUUACUAUAAUAAAGAACUGAAUUCAAAAUUAGAACUCUUCACCAGCCGGUUCAAGGACAGAAUUGUGUCAAUGACUCUUGACAAAGAAUAUGAUGUUGCAGUGCAAGCAAUAAAACUACUUACUCUUGUUUUACAGAGUAGUGAAGAAGUUCUGACUGCAGAAGACUGUGAAAAUGUCUAUCAUCUGGUUUACUCAGCUCAUCGGCCAGUGGCUGUAGCAGCAGGAGAAUUUCUGUAUAAAAAGCUUUUCAGUCGCAGAGACCCUGAGGAAGAUGGAAUUCUUAAAAGAAGAGGAAGGCAAGGUCCAAACGCUAAUCUUGUCAAAACAUUAGUAUUUUUCUUUUUGGAAAGUGAGUUACAUGAGCAUGCUGCUUAUUUGGUGGACAGCAUGUGGGAUUGUGCAACUGACCUUUUGAAGGACUGGGAAUGUAUGAAUAGCCUUCUGUUGGAAGAACCCCUAAAUGGAGAAGAACCUUUAACAGACAAACAGGAAAGUGCACUAAUUGAAAUAAUGCUGUGUACAAUUAGACAAGCAGCUGAAUGUCAUCCCCCUGUAGGAAGAGGCACAGGAAAACGGGUCCUUACAGCAAAGGAGAAAAAAGCCCAGUUGGAUGACAGAACUAAGAUCACAGAGCUUUUUGCUAUCGCACUUCCUCAGCUUUUAGCAAAAUAUUCUGUAGACGCUGAGAAAGUCACCAACUUGUUACAGUUGCCACAAUAUUUUGACUUGGAAAUCUACACAACAGGGAGAUUAGAAAAGCAUUUGGAUGCCUUAUUACGACAGAUCCGGGAUAUUGUAGAAAAGCACACAGAUACUGACGUUUUGGAAGCUUGUUCUAAAACUUACCACGCCCUCUGCAACGAGGAGUUCACCAUCUUUAACCGAGUAGAUAUUGCAAGAAGCCAGCUCAUAGAUGAACUAGCAGAUAAAUUCAACCGGCUUCUUGAAGAUUUUCUGCAGGAAGAGGACCUUCUACGCUUAAAGAAACAGAUGAGAGUUUUUUGUCAAAUCUGUCAGCACUACCUUACCAAUGUAAAUACUGCUGUUAAAGAACAGGCCUUCACUAUUUUGUGUGAUGUGUUAAUGAUCUUCAGCCAUCAGAUCAUGUCAGGUGGACGUGACAUGUUAGAGCCAUUAGUUUACACUCCUGAUUCUUCCUUACAGUCUGAGCUCCUGAGUUUUAUUCUUGAUCAUGUCUUUAUUGACCAAGACGAUGAUAGCAACAGUGCAGAUGGACAGCAGGAUGAUGAAGCCAGUAAGAUAGAAGCGUUGCACAAAAGAAGAAAUUUGCUUGCGGCUUUUUGUAAACUUAUUGUAUAUACCGUGGUGGAAAUGAACACUGCUGCAGAUAUUUUUAAGCAAUAUAUGAAGUAUUACAAUGACUACGGAGAUAUCAUCAAAGAAACAAUGAGUAAAACGAGGCAAAUAGACAAAAUUCAGUGUGCAAAGACAUUGAUUCUCAGUUUGCAGCAGCUUUUCAAUGAGAUGAUCCAGGAAAAUGGGUAUAAUUUUGAUAGAUCGUCGCCGUCUUUCAGUGGGAUUAAGGAACUGGCUCGGCGUUUCGCUUUAACGUUUGGACUCGAUCAGCUGAAAACAAGAGAAGCCAUUGCUAUGUUACACAAAGAUGGGAUAGAGUUUGCUUUUAAAGAGCCUAACCCACAAGGAGAAAGCCAUCCACCUUUAAAUUUGGCAUUUCUGGAUAUAUUGAGUGAAUUCUCUUCCAAACUUCUCAGGCAAGACAAAAAAACUGUGUACGCUUAUCUGGAGAAGUUUAUGACCUUUCAGAUGUCACUUCGAAGAGAGGAUGUGUGGCUUCCACUCAUGUCUUACAGGAAUUCUUUGCUAGCUGGGGGUGAUGACGACACGAUGUCAGUCAUCAGCGGGAUUAGUAAUCGAGGGUCAACAGUAAGGAACAAGAAGACAAAACCGGCUACAGGGAAGCGGAAACUCCCUGAAGCUGAGGAGAGCAGCAGCAGCGACAGCCUGUGGCUGAACAGGGAGCAGGCCAUGCACACGCCCAUCAUGUUACAGACGCCGCAGCUCACUUCCACCAUUAUGAGGGAGCCCAAAAGGUUGCGGCCGGAAGAGAGCUACAUGGGCGUCUACCCCAUGCAACCCGAGCACCAUCAGGCGCCCAUCGACUACAAUACGCAGGUAACAUGGAUGCUGGCUCAAAGACAGCAGGAGGAAGUGGCCAGGCAGCAGCAGGAAAGGGCAGCAAUGAACUACGUGAAGCUGAGAACCAACUUGCAGCACGCCAUCCGACGUGGCACUAGUCUCAUGGAGGAUGACGAAGAGCCCAUCGUCGAAGAUGUGAUGAUGUCAUCAGAAGGGCGCAUCGAGGAUCUCAAUGAAGGCAUGGACUUUGAUACCAUGGACAUAGACCUACCACCAUCAAAGAACAGAAGAGAAAGAACAGAGUUAAAGCCAGAUUUCUUUGACCCUGCGUCAAUCAUGGAUGAGUCUGUUCUCGGGGUAUCAAUGUUUUAAUACUAGUUCAGCCAAUAACUCCGUGGUAAAGUCAUUUUCUACUGUGGAAGAGGAGAUUUUUAAAUUUAAAAAGUGUAGAUAACAGGGAUAUUCUGAGCAAGAUAUUUUUUUUCUCUAAGGAGAAUUGAUGUACUUACAAAAUCCAGUACAUUGAAGGGGCAAUUUUCUUUGCCUGAAACAAUAAAGGACAAGUAAACGACUUGAGGAUAAGCUAUUGUUUCUGUUGGGAAACCAGUAUUUUAUUUAUACAAUGUUUAGUUUAUUUCCAACUCAUAAUAUAAAUAUCACUUUAAAAAUAAUAAUAAUCCUAGCAUCAAAGAGGUGCUUAGUGUACGCACUUCUGUCAUCUGUUGAACAUACUCAAGCAAUUAUAUAUAUUUUUUUCUAGAUUAUCAUUCAAAGCAUCAGGUGAAAAUUAAAUGGGAUGUUUUGAUUUUGAAGUUUGGAAAUCUGUGUAAUUAGAUGAAAGAAAAGCAUUUUUGAUGUGAUGUUUAAAUUCUGGUCAACAGAAACUUUGGUUGUGAUAAUCAUGGAAAUAAAUUACGAGUGAUUUUUUUUUUAAUUCAGAAAUUAUUAUAGAAUAUUAAAAAAACACGCCAAGGCUUCCUUGUUACAUAUUCAUGAAAUAUCCAAGAAUCAUAAACUGCCAGAAAGCACUGAUACCAUUUCAGCUUACCCAUCUUUAACCCUAAGAGUUUGCUUGUCCUUUAAGAAAAGCAAAUGUAAUAUUGUGAGAUUCCUUCCAGUAGUGCCACUGUAUUUUGUCUCCAAAUAAAGAAGCUUAUUGUAGUAUGUUUGCAGAAAAAAAAAUUCUAAACAAAAAUAUACAGCUUAUUAGAGUGUGGGAAUAGGGGUCUAAAUUUUAAAUAAAAAAGUAUAAAUAUAUAUAUAUAUAUAUAAAAAAUGGUGCUGAUUUUAUAAUUGCGCAGUUUUAG